GUACAAUCAGCAAAAUCCGCCACAUUAGUUACCCACCCCAACCCGUGACCCAAGUACCCAACCCUUCCACUCCACCCUAAUUCCUCAACUUCCUCCUCUUCCUCCGCCCUCGCCGCCGCCGGGUCCUCGCCGCUGUCGUCGCCGACGACUCCUCCAUCUCAUCCGGCCCUACAUCCGUGCUGGAAUGGCGGAUUCUGAUUUGAUGCUGGUUCUACAUUUAGCUAGUGGAGAGGUCUAGGGGAGAGCUGGUGAGGUUGUACUGGCGUGCAAUUAUUGGGAUUGUUGGGGGCAGUUAGCGUUUGGAUGUGGUGGGAAUGGAGGCGAGAAUGAAGAAGUACAGGACGAAGAGUCCGGAUCAGUCCAAAGAGUGGACGGAGAGGUUGCCUAAGUACCACCAGCAACAUCGCAAGGUUGUCAUCGUUUUCUAUCUCUGCCGGAAUCGCCAGCUCGAGCAUCCUCAUUUCAUUGAAGUCCCUCUCUCAUCGCCAGACGGCCUAUACCUCAGAGAUCUGCGUCUGCAUCUCUCAUUUUCGGUGUUGUCUUCGCUCCCUUUGCUUUGAAAAUUGAUGAGCUUUUGUGUGUUGUGCAGAUUUAAUUGAGAAGCUUAACGUGUUGAGAGGCAGAGGAAUGACUUCCAUGUAGGGUCGGAUGAGUUGAUGCGCGGCGAUCGAUUAAGGUGGAGAAGGAGUCGCAGACGACGACAGCUGCGGGGACCCGGCGGCGGCGAGGGCAGAGGAAGAGGAGGAAGUUGAGUAAUUAGGGUGAAGUGGAAGGGUUGGGUACUUGGGUCACAGGUUGGGGUGGGUAACUUAUGUGGAGGGUUUUGCUGAUUGUGCGGGUCGGAUUUUAUUUUUUUAUAAUUUAAAUUGGGUGAAUCAGCAUUUCUGUUAGCUACGUCAGCAAAUAACUGACGGUGUUAACA